CUCUAAACACGCCUGUUUUGCCCCCGUCAAAAGCACCAGCUAGCUAGCUACUCUCUGGUCUGGUUUACAGAGAAAGAGACCAGGAAGGAGAGCGAAAACACGCUGAGCGAUGGGGGAAAGAGAAAUGAUGAGAGACUGCUUUCUCUCUCUUCUUCUUUCCUUCCUAUUCUUUCAUGCCUUUUAGAAUCCUUGAUUUUACUGUCGCCAAGGAAGCCGCCGAUGCUCGCUUAAUGACAGUGUCUUCGCCGGCUAAAACUAACAUAUAGUGUCCAAUGGCUCUCUCGUCUAAUCUCUGCUGCGCUGAGGAUGCCGAAGACUUAAUCUACUGGGGAGUCGAUGACGCCGCCGGCGAAGUAUCUGUUGACCAAAACGUAACGACUUUUUUCCCGGUAACCGGUGAGAGUCUCCGUUCUCUGCUUGCCGCGGAAGAUGGUUAUAUGCCACAAUCGGAGUAUAUGUCCCGCUAUCUGACUUGCUCCGUUGACCUCACUGCUCGCCAGGAUGCCAUCAGCUGGAUCCUCAAGGUAUCGGAGUUUUACCGCUUUCGCCCAGUCACUGUCUACCUCUCUGUCAACUAUCUCGAUCGCUUCCUCUCUGGCCAAAACGGGACAGUGCAAUGCGCCGGUAGUUGGCCGAUGCAACUUUUAGCAGUGGCCUGCCUCUCGGUUGCGGCAAAAAUGGAGGAGACAAAAGUUCCCCUGCUUCUAGAUCUCCAGAUUCUUCACCCCGAGUUCGUCUUCGAACCGAGAACAGUCUGCCGCAUGGAGCUUCUUCUCAUGUCCGCGCUCCGCUGGCGAAUGCGCGCCGUCACUCCAUUCGAUUUCAUUUCAUCCUUCGCCGCCGCAAUUGUCUUCGCCGACGUUAGCGCUUCCAUUCCCUCGUCAGCUUUCUCUCGUUCAGCAGAUCUGAUUCUCAGCACCCUUCGCGUCAUUGAUUUCCUCGGUUUCCGGCCGUCGGCUAUUGCCGCUGCGGCGGUGCUCUGCGCCGCCUCGGAAGCCGUCCUAUCCUCCGCAACUUAUGACUCGAGCAUCUUUGAAGAUUUGGUCAACAAGGAGAUGGUGAGUGAUUGUCGCCAGCUAAUGGAAGAAUAUCUGAUCGACACGUGUCAGACAGCUCGCCGUGACACGGCGGCACUUCCCGCCGUCGAGCCGCUGAGUCCCGUCGGCGUUCUCGACGCGGCGGCCUGCGGCAGCUGCGACACUCAGAAAUCACCCGUCGCCGGUAAACCGAACUCUGACCCCGGCGGCUCGGAAUUUCCGCCGACGAAGCGCAGGCGGCUCGCUGACAGCUUGUGUACAGUAAUUAUUAAGGGCCAAAUCACUUGAGAGAGACAAUUCGAUGAUAAUUUCUCAAGCUGUUUUCUAUCAAUUUAUAAUAAUUAUUUUAUCAUGAUGAGAGUU